UAACUCCAUACGAAAUUCUCAAAAUAUCGUCGAAGUUAUAUAAAUAGCAUUGGCCAGGUGACAGUCAUUAUUUUUACCAACUUCUCAACAACCAGAACGUAAGCAUGGUACUUAUGCCGUAGACCCAAUGUGCCAUUAUAGGACUAAUGCACUUAUAAGCUGCUCAUACUAUGUCGGCUAAAUGUCCCAGUGUAGCUCAUACCUUCACGUGGGGCAAAACACGUGACCAACCCUCUCCCGCACCCAUAACCGCUAACCGAUAAUUUGUCACCUCUCCCUACUCCAUUCUCCACCCUCCAAGGAGUCCACCCACAUCAGGCAAGGCAGUUGCGGGCUCUGUCGAUCCCAUCUCACUAGUAAAUGCCCCCCAUCUGCCCCCACGCUCCUCCAUAUUCCCUCCAUGUCUGAACACGAAACGGUGGCGGCUCCACUCACCCCAUCCUUCACGUCCUCUUCGGCGUUUGGGGUGGUCCAGCGCAGGACUUCCAACUUCUUCCCCAUCAACGGAGCUACCUUGGUCUCCCUGGCCUCUGAUCUCGACUUUAAGCUCCCGUCCCACCACUUUGAUCCCGCUGGAUCCACCCCUGAUUCGUACCCAGUAUCGAAGCGUCACAACAGCUCUCCGUUGAUAGGAGCAUACUCUGGAAAGACAGGCACCAAUGCGUCGUCACGGUUCUUCAACUCCAACGAGAGUACUCCCUUUUUUACUACCCCUACUCCAUCGUUCAAUACCCCUUCGUACCACCAUCCUCCUGGUCAGGACUUGUUCAGCGACCCAGUGGCCCCUACCAUCGACUUGGCCCACAACUUGCGGUCGCUCGGGCUCGCAGACUCGCCCCCUCCUGCCAAACCAGCGUCGUCACAGUCGCACUUGACCAUUCCCUCUCCUCCAGUGUCCUCCACCCCCAUGAUCAAUUUGGCGUCCUCCACCACCACCAGCGGUAGUGCUACUCCGUUGUUGGCAGCAUCGUCCAUCUGGAAUGACAACAGCAUCCCGUCGCUAGGCUCGUUGUACGGCAAAAAUAUCAAGUUGGGCACGCUAGCCGAACAAAUCGAACACGACGUAUCCUCCUACAGUUUCGGACAACCCCCAGGCCCCACGUUCACAGGCUUGUCAACGGACGUCUCGUUUGAUGACGACUUCGCUGCCCCAAAUUUCCCAAGCCUCUCCAAAGAUUUGUCGUUUGAAGACGAAUUCACUCCUGCUGGUCAGUUCGAAGAUUUGAUGUCCCCGUUGCUACUGAACGAAGAUACCCUGUCCAAAAACAAGCGAAACAUCUUUCUGAGCGCAGUCAACAACCCUUCGUUUGUUCCUUCUGCAAAGUUGAAGCCGGCUCCGCCCAUGAAAGAACGAACUGGACCCGAUCUGGGGUUGGAACGUACAAGAGAAUUUAUCAACACCCACAAGAGACGAGGAGAUGUCACACCCAGUCCCAACGCUAAAUUGGCACACAAGAUCCAGGUUUCCACCCACAGUAAAUUGAAACAGAUCGAGAAACCAAAAUUGUGGAUGAGUGAACAGAGAUCGCUCCUACAGAAAACUUACCACGAAGAGAAACCAUUAGACAGUACAAAGAUCAAAGUUAGAUUACCCAGGGCCCACAGCGUCCCUGAUCCAAGAACAGAGUUAUCGGUGACGGGAGCCACAAAGAAAACAGUCCAUACCCGCAGUGAUGAUUUCACCAGGGAUGUCCUUUCGUCACGGACAUUCAGCAGCAAGUAUGCGGAAGACUAUUGCUCGACGUUCUACAAAAGAAACUCCCACGGCUACAUGUUUAUUCGAGAGCCCACCAAUUCAUUGAAAGUGAAUAGCAGUGGAGGAAAGUCGUGGGUCGAGUUGAAAAUCAAGCUUCCCAGCGACGGGCUUCCUCACCAAACGGAUCAGCACCAACAGGCAGCAUUGCUCUUGAGAAAGCUUAGAGUAGACAUCAAAAAGCUUCCUAUAUGGAAGCCCAUCAACCUCAAUGGUUCGGGACCCGUCAAGAGUUCGAGCACGCCAAAAAAAUACAAUGGAAACUUCCAGCUGGGAUAUCACUACAGAAAACAUGGCACAGGUCUGUCGAAAGAGACCAAGAAACACAAGAACCUAAAUGUGUCAAAGAGGUUUGGUAAAAAGGAAAAGGCUUUAUAGGAGAAUGGCCCAGUGCCAUAGAUAGUGAAUAUAAUACCCAUUUACGAGCAGGAUCA